AAUUCCAUAAAAUAUCAAAUGACUUGUUUAUUUUAUUAAGAGAUUCAAUUGAUUCAAGCCUUCUUCCCUUAUCUCGCAAUUUAUGGGCUCUCACACUUCCUUCUGUCUCUUUCAACUCUCCUUAACUACAUAAAGCUAAUCCAUGCCUGCAAAACAAGUGAACUUCUCUACUGACACUCAUGUCAUUGUCACCUUCAGCAAUGAAGAAUACGAUAGGUCAGCCAUCCAAGUAGAAAAAAUGUCGUAUAUGGAUAUGUACGAGCUACUGAUAUUCAAGAGCCAGAUGCAGCAAUCCAUUAAUACUAUAAAGGCAGACAAGCAGAAUGUUGCAGCUGUGCAUACGGAGAUUCAGUCAUCCAACGCUGUUACCGUGAAGCUUUGCACAUGACUUCUUCUUUUUCAAUCAAUGCAGUUCAACUGGCUCCGUCUCGUCCUCAUAACGCUGUAUUAUACACAUAUACAUUUUUUUUCUCUUCUUUCCAUUUCCUAUUUUGCUCCAUUCAAUAUUUCGUUUUCUUCAGCAAACCAUUUGAAUUUUUUCUCCUGUUCAUUUCAUCGUUAUCAUCUAUCACCGUGAAUG